AUGCCUCCCGGGACGACGAACGCGAAAGGACCAAAGCCCCGGACAACCCCAGUCAGACGCCCCAAGCGUCGACAAGUCCUAUCGAAUUCUGAGAGAGAAUUACGAGCAUGGAAGGACUUCAUUCCUCAUGCAACCACCCGGCCGCUUGGAACCGGACUGUCAUGGUUCUUCCAGACGGCAAAACAACUGAUCAAGAUUGAUAUCGGCAUACUGCAAGAUGUCAUUCAAAGUCUGGCAAGUGAAGGAGGCCUGAGGUGUAUGCAGGAGCUGGUUCAACAGAACUUUGAGGCGAUGUCCUCUCAGUUGAAGAACACUGUCUUCAAUAUGCAAGUCUUGCCUUUCCUGGAGACAGUAUCUCAUCCUGAUGUGCUCUGGUCGCUGGUGCUGGAGCAGUCGGUCGGGACCAUUUACAACUUCCUGUUCGGCAUUGGCGGGGCCAGAGCGGCCCCUCUGCUGAACUACAUCUGCGAGAUCCUCGAGGCAAGCAAAAGGGAUGAAUCUGGCGCAUGGCGACUAGAAGUAUCUCUGCUCGUGUUUUCCCGCAUUGUGGAUCUCAACUCCACGGCACUCGUCCAGGAAAGCCUUCAUACCCAAGCGAAGUGA